AUGAAGGCCUCCGAUACGUUGCACAGAAACGGUAAAAGCGAGAAUGGAUCCAAAAUUACAGAGAAACACGAACAAAAACAUAAAGAUCCUUUGACGGAAGGCGUGAAAUGGAUCGAAAGAUACGCCGAAAACUUGGAAAAUUUCUUCGAGAGACUACCGGAAUUCAUUUCCACGUUUAUAGCGACUCUGGCGGUGUUUACCUUUGGAUCAAUUUUAAGAGGAGAGUGGGUCGUCAUUCUAGUCACAGCGCUGAAGCAAAUCACGGGUCACACGCAGACCAAAAAUGCCUCAGUCGAGGAAAUAUUCGAGCUGUUCACAUCUAGAAACUUGAAAAUGGAGAAUUUCAGUAUCAUAUUCAUAUUAGCUAAUGUUGUAUCGUUUGGAUUUUACUUUAUCAUCGGAGGAUUUUUACAUUGGUACUUCUACGUGAAGAGAAGGCACCUCGCCAGUGAGUGGAAGAUCCAGCCGAACAAAUGGCUGUCCCCUGAGUUGGAACGCCAUGAAAUCAUGAUAGGAACCCUGUCACUCAUUAUUACAAGUUCAUUCUCAGCUUUUUUAGCCUGUUACAUCUUCAAUGGGAAUCCGUGCACAGUCUAUUUUCAGUUCGAUGAGUACGGAUGGAUCUGGUUCUUCUUGCAGUUUCCAGUUAUAUUCAUUUAUAUUGAUUACACGACCUAUAUUAUGCAUCGUCUUUAUCACACUCCUUGGUUGUAUAAGCAUUUCCACAAGCUCCACCAUAAGUACAAACAGCCUACAGCCUUUUCUGUAACUGCCAUCCAUCCAGUAGAAAUUAUGCAUAUCCAACUAACGAUGUGUCUACCUCUCUUCACAAUACCUACACAUUGGGCAUCAUUCUACGCUGUGGCCAUUUACAAUUACUACCACGGCAUCAUUGAUCAUUCCGGCAUCAAUUUUAAGGCCCAGUGGUGGCAGCCGUGGCAGCCUGACGCCGAAUUCCAUGAUCAGCAUCACGAAUUUUUCCAUUGCAACUUUGGCUUCAAUAUGUCUCUGUGGGACAAGUGGCACGGUACGAUGAGGAAGCAGUACAGCGUGUACACCGAAGAGACAUUCCACGGUGAGGCUCCGUCUGCAGAAACGGCCGAAGGAAAGGCGAUAUUGGAAGCGAACCCCGAACUAAUUGAUAGUAUCAACAAACCAUUACUGACAAAGACUGAAACCCAAAAAACUAAAUGA